AUGUCCUCUACCAAGCUAUAUCCUCCAAGCAACAAGGCGCCACCCUCAAGUCCUCUACCUCAACUCCUGCAGACCCCCUCAGGUCUAGCUCUCCUAGAACUUCAAGGAACCAUCAAUCUACCCCAAGACGCCAAUGGAGAUGCACUAGGCGGCGUCCAAGUUGGAAGACUUGACUUCCCAGAUUUCGUGAUGGGUACCGAAGGCUCAGCAUGGAUGAAGCGGGUUCACCUUUAUGUCGGCCAGCAUCAACGUCUCACUGGGGAGAUCAAGAAGCUCCCAAAAGCAAUGGCCGUGGUCAGAAAGAGAGAGAAUAAGGUGAUAUCUGGCUCAGGGGGAGAAACACUCGAGCAGGGCGAAAAUCUUGAGGUGGUUGAGAUUGUCAAGUACAAGCUUAUGUUUCCAAACCGGCCAGAGCCUGUCGGAACAGCCAAUGCGACCUGA